CGCCCCGUUUCACUGAACUUACGAACUGAAUCAGUCCCUCUCUCUGUGUUGUUACGGAAUCAAUGGAGAUUCCGAGUCUCGUACUCUUUGUUAUAGUUAUUGGUCAGCUCUUGCUCACUGCAAUCUCCCUUGGAUCGUUAACUGGUGAAGAGGAGUUCCAUGAGGAAUUGGUGCUCAGGCCGUUGCCAGAUCGAAAAGUGAUGGCGCAUUUCCACUUCGAAAGCAGAACCCCUCCUUCUAACUCCUUUGUCCGCCACCAUCACCUCUUCCCCAAGGCCAUUGCUCAGCUUUUGGUUGAUUGAAUGGUGGAUUGGGGAUUGGUUGGGGUUGGUGUUGCUGUUGGCUUUUGCUUUGUGGAGAGUAUUGAACUUGCCAUCCAAUUUCUUUGUAAAUGAAAAAGAAUUGGAUCAACACGAGGAUUUGCAAGUUUUAUAACACACUAGGACGUUGUUGCUUGGACAGGUUCAAAAAUUCCAAGUUGAAGAAAUGGAGUUAUCUUUCACACAAGGUCGCUGGAACUAUGAGCAAUGGGGUGGUUUUGAUCCCAUAACAAGCAACAAUGCAAAGCCUCCUGGAGUUGAGCUGUGGGCUGUCUUUGAUCUUCCUCAAGAGCAGAUUGAUGCUGCUUGGAAGAACUUGACCCACACCCUUUCAGGUCUUUUUUGUGCUUCAAUCAAUUUUCUGGAGUCUUCUGCCAGUUAUUCUGCACCUGAAUGGAGCUUUCCGCCUGCCUCGGGCAGUCUUAGAUACGGAACUUUGCCUCGUGAGGCUGUUUGCACAGAGAACCUUACUCCGUGGUUGAAGCUUCUUCCUUGUCGUGAUAAAGAUGGGCUUUCAGCAUUAAUGCACAGACCAUCUAUCUACAAAGGCUUCUAUCACUCUCAACGAUUGCGUUUGACCUCAAUUGCAUCUAAUUUGGAGGGGUGGGGUUCAGGCAUUGUACUAGAACAAACACUUACAGUUGUUCUUCAACCUAAUGAUCAGAAAAAUAUGUUGUAUUCUUCCAAACCAAAUUUACAGCCGAGCUGGUCUAUGAGUUCAAUUUUUUUUCAGAAAAGUGAGCGGAAGAUGUAUGCUUGCCAAGUCUAGUAAUGUAUAUCUUCAAUUUGAAAGGGGUCUAGUGUCUGAACUCAAGAAUGUGGAGAAAGAAAAUGUUAAAUCUGGAGAUGAAAACUUAGCCUUGGAGGGGUUUUUGAGCAAUCCUUACUUUGAUUUAUCAAUUAAGCGAGAUAGGAUGUUCCGGGAAGUUAAUAAUAUUCAUAUCAAGUGCCCUUCUAUUCUAUAUGAAUUUCAAGUUGAUAAGUACAGUUACUCUCUGCCAUUGGAUUUAGGCCUUACCUGGAAGUUCCCUGUGGUCUGGACAUGUCGUCAACAGGCACCUUUGCAUGCCAGCAGAUUCUUAAUGGGAAGUGGGAAUGAAAGUGCAAUUGCUAUCUCCUUAAAAUCUACAGAAUCGAUCACGAGUUCACUGGAUGCUAAUGGUCUCGAUGGCAAGUUGCAAGUUGACAUCUUCCAAGUGGUGCCUUGGUAUAUCAAAGUUUAUUACCAUACUCUUGGAGUGUUUGUUGAUGGCCAACCACAUGCAGUUAGAGAUAUUGUAGAGAAGAUACGUGUUUCGCCUUCCAAGGACAAGGAAUCACCUGGAGUGAUGGAGAUGGUUCUUAAGCUUCCUUGUGGUGUGAAAUCAGCUGCUUUAACUUUAGAAUUUGAUAAGGGUUUUUUGCACAUUGAUGAAUAUCCUCCAGAUGCUAAUCAAGGAUUUGACAUUCCAUCAGCUGUAAUAAGCUUUCCAAAUUUCCAUACAAACUUGCUUUUUCUGGGAGAUAGCUCUUUGAACAAGUCUCCCAUGAUAUCCAUGUUUCAGAAAAAUAGUCCUGUUCUGUCUUACACAGAAGUGCUACUUGUGCCUUUGACAACUCCUGAUUUUAGCAUGCCUUAUAAUGUAAUUACGAUCACAUGCACAGUAUUUGCAUUGUAUUUUGGAUCAUUGCUUAAUGUUCUGCGGAGGCGAGUGGGUGAGGAGGAAAGAUUUCUGAAAAGCAAAGCUGCCAAGAAAACUGGUCCAGUUUCGCAGCUAUUAUCAAAAAUUUCGGCCAAGCUUCGAAGAAAACAGUGUGAACCACCCUCGUCCACUGAAGCAUCAGCAUCAGCAUCAGCAUCAUCCUUCACUAAUUCAAAACUGUUGAUUAAAGUUAUUCUGGUUGCUGCGAUUGCUGUUUAUUGGCAAAACUAUUCUGGAUGACUGCAUUUUAGUCUUAGCUGUACAAUAUGUGCUAAAGGAAAGAAUACUGACAUAGGGAUUAUCAGAUUUCUUUUCCCACUCAACCAUCUGAUCCAAAUUUGUAUCCAAAUUUUGUGUCAUUUAUUCAAACUUUCUUUGUGGUAGGAAAU